AUGCCUGUCGUUAAUCCAGAAAAGCUGGUCGCUUUACAGAAAAAUCCGGAAGGCAUCAGAAAUAUAUGCAUCUUAGCCCACGUCGAUCAUGGAAAGACAUCCCUUUCCGACGCGCUCAUUGCGACGAACGGCAUCAUCUCGUCGAAAAUGGCCGGCAAAAUACGAUACCUCGAUUCGCGACCCGAUGAGCAGACUCGUGGGAUUACCAUGGAGUCCUCUGCCAUCUCCCUCUUCUUCUCUAUGCUUCGCAGAUCUGCGCCGGACGCGACGCCAGAACAAAGAGAAUACCUGAUCAAUUUAAUAGACUCUCCUGGGCACAUCGAUUUCAGCAGCGAGGUUUCGACUGCGUCUCGGCUCUGCGACGGGGCCAUAGUACUCGUGGAUUCUGUGGAAGGAGUUUGCAGUCAGACUGUGACUGUGCUGCGGCAAACCUGGGUGGAACACAUGAAGCCGUUGCUGGUCAUUAACAAGAUGGAUCGUCUCAUUACGGAAUUGAAGAUGACGCCUGGAGAGGCCUACAUACAUCUGAACAAAAUUCUGGAGCAAGUUAACGCCGUGCUGGGGUCAUUUUUCCAAGGCGAGAGAAUGGAGGAGGACCUGAACUGGAGAGAAAGAGUCGACGAGAGAAUCGCUGCCGCUGCUGCAAAGGAGAAGGAGAAGACGGACCGGGAUACCGCGAAUGGAACAAAUGCGACUUCAAUUGACACUGAGAGUAUGUUAUCAUCUCACAACACAUUCGAAGAAAAAGAUGACGAGGACAUAUAUUUUGCGCCGGAAAAGAACAACGUCAUAUUCAGCAGUGCCAUCGAUGGCUGGGCAUUUACUGUAAGACAAUUUGCCAGCUUAUAUGAGAAAAAGCUGGGAAUCAAAAGAAAUGUUAUGGAGAAAGUACUCUGGGGAGACUUUUAUCUGGACCCCAAGACGAAAAAGGUUCUGGGGCAGAAGCAUCUUAAGGGCAGAAAUCUCAAGCCUAUGUUUGUUCAACUUGUGCUUGAUCAGAUAUGGGCUGUAUACUCAGCUACAACCGGCGGUGAUAAGAGCAAGGGUGAUCCUGUUUUGACCGAUAAAAUUACCAAGUCGUUGAAUAUUACCCUUCCUCCGCAUAUCAUACGCUCAAGAGAUCCUCGAGCUAUCCUUACUACACUGUUUAGCGCCUGGCUUCCACUAUCAACGGCAUUGCUGGUUUCUGUAAUAGAGUCGUUACCAGCGCCACCUACAGCACAAGCGGAUAGACUACCUGCCCUCAUCGACGAUUCUCCUGGCUCCAAGUUUGUUGACCCAAUCAUCCGUGACGCUAUGGUCAAGUCAAAAAGCUCCAACAGUGAUCCAGUCGUGGCCUACAUCAGUAAAAUGGUGUCAAUACCAGAGAGCGAGCUCCCAGAAAAUAAGCGCCGAGGUGCAUUGAGUCCGGAAGAAGCAAGAGAGAUGGGACGCCGGAAACGAGCAGAAAUUGCGAAGGCGAAGGCUCUAGAAAAUGGCGAUACAAAAGACCCUCUGGGUGGCAUUACAGAAGCAAUCGGAGAGGCCAGUCUCGAGGAAUCUAAUAUCGAAGAGGCAAAACCUGACCGGGAGCACCUCAUUGGAUUCGCAAGAAUAUACUCCGGGACACUCUCAGUUGGGGACUCGGUCUAUGUUCUACCGCCGAAGUUCACACCUGCGAAUCCUCACAAUGCCCCCGAGCCUCAGAAAGUCACUGUGACUGCUCUCUACCUGCUCAUGGGACGUAGUCUCGAGCCUUUGACAUCCGUACCAGCCGGUGUGGUCUUCGGUAUUGCUGGAUUGGAAGGCCAUGUUCUCAAGUCGGGAACCAUCUGCAGUCAACUAGAAGGUAGCGUCAAUCUCGCGGGCGUAAAUAUGGCUUCGAAGCCAAUUGUUCGCGUUGCUCUGGAGCCUGUCAGCCCAGCAGACCUGGAAAAGAUGAUCACUGGGCUCAAAUUGCUUGUACAGAGCGACCCUUGUGCCGAAUACGAACAGUUCGAGAGUGGUGAGCACGUCCUUCUGACCGCUGGAGAGUUGCACCUAGAGCGUUGCUUGACGGACCUACGGGAGAGAUUUGCCAGAUGCGAGAUCCAGGCUGGCGAGCCGAUUGUGCCUUACCGGGAAACAAUCGUACGUGCUGAGGAGAUGAAACCACCUGCGAGCAAGGAAUUGGGGAGAGGUACCGUUGUGGCUGUAACAGCUUCCAAGCAAGUCUCUGUUCGGUUGACUGUACGACCUCUACCAGCUGAAGUGACGAACUUUCUGUCAAAAAAUUCGAGUGCGAUCAAGCGGCUUUAUUCCGACCGCGAAGCCGUUGAGAAAAGCGUAACAGCGAAUGGCGAGACAACAAGUGCGGAACAGGUUGAUGUUGACGAUGUGCUUGAUAACAAAAAGGUAUUGUCACUUGCCGAGUUCAAGAAGGAGCUCCAGACUACUUUCGAAGGAGUCAAGGGACAGCGAGAUAUCUGGGCAAAUGCAGUGGAACAAAUCACAGCGUUCGGACCACGGAGAACAGGACCCAAUCUCUUGAUUGAUAGAACCAAGGAUGGUAUUUGUGGGCGAUUCCUCCGAGAAGCAGAAGUUGAGAAGGAGCAGACGAUUGGCGAUACUUUAGAAGCACGAGACUUCUCCGACAAGAUAAGCUAUGCCUUUCAACUCGCCACCGCUCAAGGGCCCAUGUGUAAUGAGCCAGUCCAAGGUAUUGCCGUGUUCCUCGAGGAGGUUACGAUCACUCCUGCAGCAGAAGAUGAGUCCUCAGCACGCGAUAAACUCGGCCGCCUCACGGGCGAAGUUAUAAAGACCGUGCAACAAGCCAUCAAGCAAGGGUUUUUAGACUGGAGUCCACGCUUACUUCUCGCAAUGUACUCUUGUGAGAUUCAAGCAAGUACCGAAGUCCUGGGCCGCGUCUACGACGUCCUGACCCGCCGUCGUGGCCGCGUUCAAUCCGAAGCCAUGAACGAAGGUACCCCCUUCUUCACAAUCCAAUCCCUCCUCCCCGUCGCCGAAUCCUUCGGCUUCUCUGACGAAAUCCGCAAACGCACAUCCGGUGCCGCAUCACCGCAACUUAUCUUCCAAGGCUACGAGAUUCUCGACGAAGAUCCAUUCUGGGUUCCGUUUACGGAGGACGAUCUGGAGGAUCUGGGAGAGCUGGCUGAUAAGGAGAAUGUGGCGAAGAGGUAUAUGGAUGGUGUGAGGAAGAGGAAGGGGCUAAUGGUUAGCGGGCGGAAAUUGGUGAAGGAUGCAGAGAAGCAGAAGACGUUGAAGCGCACAGCCUCCCACCGCGCCGGCCCGAAGCCAGUCGUGGACUACUCCACGUGCAGCACCUGGACCUGCUGCAACAAGGAAGGCAAGUACGGGCACCCCAACGAGAAGGGCGCCCCGUGCGUGGAGGCCCUGGGCGAGACGCGGCGCAACAUCCGCAUCGCGCGCACGGGCGACGUCAUCGAGUCUUGCUUUGUCUGCGGGCAUGUGCGCUGCAAUACCUGUGGGUUGUACGAUGCGCAGGGGCGGCCUUGGACGCCGAGAGCUGCGGCGUAUUGA